UGCUGAGUGCGCAGUAGACGAGGGGGCGGGUAAGUUUGCGAUGGAGGACUCCAUUGAGAUGAUUCUGCAGGAACAUGGCAAGGUCCUUCCCACCAACAGACCCCAUCCUGUACUGACAGCCUGCACAGGUGCUCUUCUCACAGGCCUGUAUGGAGUAUGGAGUCUCUUUGCAAUACCUGGCUUUCGUAAAGUCCCGUGGAAGCUCAAGGUUCCUUAUUUGCCCUCCAGUAAAGAUCAGACACUGAACAUUAUGAAGCUGCUUGAGGGACGAACAGGUCGCUUAGCAGAUCUGGGAUCAGGAGAUGGAAGACUGGUGUUUGCGGCCUCUUCUGCUGGUUUCCAGUGCACAGGGUAUGAGAUUAACUUCAUUUUAGUGGCCUAUGCCAGGAGCAAGGCGCUCUGGACAGGAGUGCCCUCCAACCAGGCCACCUUUGUUAAAAAAGACUUCUGGAAGACUGAUUUAUCUUUGUACAACAAUGUGACAGCUUUCCUUGCUCCAGGAGUGAUGGGGGUCCUGGGUGAGAAGCUGCUGAAAGAGCUUCCUGAUGAUGCACGUGUCAUUGCUUGUCGUUUUCCUUUUCCCAACUGGCCACACCAGUCGUCUGUCGGCUCCGGUCUUGAGGAGAGUUUUGCUUAUGACAUCAGCACUGUGCGCUCACACCUGAAAUGUGCACCCAACACUGUGGUGUAAACAUCACAGUCUCUGGGUUACUUUUUGUUCUCUCAUUCUUAUCAUCGCCAUAGCAUCA